AUGGGGUACUCCCUCCGUAGCAUCUGGGAGCACGAAUUCAAUCAACAGAUACAAAGAGAGGUAACUCUACAGAAUUAUGUACGAGACCUGGACAUUCCAGAUCCUUUGAACCCCCGAGAAGCCCUGUACGGAGGUCAGACUAAUGCCACUAAAUUAUAUUGUGAGGAGGGGGGCAUGAGAUACGUGGACGUCUGUUCCUUAUACCCUUACGUAUUAAAACACAGACUUUUCCCCCUAGGCCAUCCUCAGAUCAUAACAGACCAAUUCCAGGACGUGAGAACUUAUUUCGGCCUCAUUCACUGUCGGGUCUUACCACCCCGAGGCCUCUAUCACCCCGUUUUACCUUAUCGCACGGGAGGCAAGUUAUUAUUUCCCUUAUGUCGAACGUGUGCGGAACGACAGGACUCUACCUCUAAACAUCGAUGUCAACACGCAGACCAGGAACGCAGUCUUACGGGUACCUGGGUGACUACAGAAUUACAUAAAGCCCUGGACAUGGGAUAUACCUUAGAGCGGAUUUACGAAGUUUGGCAUUUUUCACAAAGCAGUCGAGAUUUAUUCAGAUCUUACAUCGAUACCUUCUUAAAGAUAAAACAGGAAGCUUCUGGAUUCUCACCUGAUUGUCAGACGGAGGAACAGAAACUAGAUUACAUUCGUAAAGUCUUAGACAGAGAAGGGAUCAGGAUGGACCUGUUAAGUAUAGAAAAAAAUCCGGUGCGAAGAACGAUAGCCAAACUCUUUUUAAAUUGCUUGUGGGGAAAAUUCGCUCAACGCCUGUUAUUACCUAAAACUCGAUACUUGACCGAAGAAGAGGAAUUACAACAACUCUUACAAGAUUCGACCAUUGACAUCAAAGGGAUAGAACUCUUAGAAAAUAAAGAGCAGGCUGAAUCGGACAUGAUGCUGGUCAAUUAUCAAGAGAAACAGGAAUUUGUGGAAGAGUGUCCCUUCGGAAACGUGGUACUGGCCUGUUUCACUACAGCCCAUGCCCGAUUACACCUUUACGAGACUUUACAACCUUUGGGAGAUCGGGUCCUUUAUUUCGACACGGACAGUAUCAUAUACCAACAUAAGGAGGGACAAUUUAAUCCUACCCUUGGCAACAGUUUAGGAGAAUGGACAGACGAAUUAGACGGGGACCACAUUAUCAAAUUCAUGUCAGGAGGCCCCAAAAAUUAUGCUUAUCUCACAGCCAAGGGAAAAUCCAUGUGUAAAGUCAAAGGAUUGACUCUCAAUUAUCGGGCCUCUCAGAUCGUGUCACCAGAGACUUUAGAAAAAAUGCUCCAGAAAGAAAUUGAUGAAAUCCAAGUCUCGUAUCCCUACAAAAUACAGAGGACUCGUCAACAUGAAGUCAAGACAAUACCUUUAGAAAAACAAUAUAGAAUUGUCUAUGAUAAGAGACAAUUGAUCGAAGAUUAUAACACUUUACCUUAUGGUUAUUAA